AUGCGCGUCAGCUUACCGGACGAGCUCCUGCUCCGGAUCAUAUCCACCUACGACCGGAGCAACGGGAAACUGCGAAAUAUGCCAGACCAGAUCCGCGCCCUACAGCCCCUAUCCGCAAUCAACCAGCGAUGGCGCCGGCUCACCCUGCCGCUCUUCUGCAAGCGCGCGUUUGUCUCGAUCGACGAGACCGAAGCAUCGCCAGUGGUGCUGCGCACAGACAGCAACCUGGGCCUUCUCCUGGACACCGAGCACGACGAUCUGGCAAGGGAGAUGGUGAUCUGGGUCACCUGCUCGAUGGUGUCGCUGCCCAAGAUCCAGCGGCUCCUGACAAAGGCUGGCUUUGACCGCACAGCAUGGCUGACGGUGCGCCGGCUGGAGUACUGCAAUGCGCUGCACGACUUCCCGGAAGACGACGAGUACUAUGCGCCCGAGAGCGUGCAGGAGUUCAGCGAGUUUCUGUCGCUGGCGCUGCCGUCAUUGCGCGAUAUCGACUACGAGGACAUGUACAGCCAGUUCACGUACAACCGGUUCACCGCUAGCCCGCUGAUCAACGAGCACAUCGGAGGACCGACGGCGCUGCAUUCCUUGCGCACUUACUCGGACCUGCCCCCUAUGCUCAGCCACUACCAGGGCCAGCCAAUUUCUAUCCAGAAGCUGGAUAUUUCGGGCAUUAACUUUCCGCGUGCACUGCGAUUGCCAAAGAUCCUGGCCUCGUCGCUGGUUGAACUUGACCUGUCGUCGGUCGAUGCCGGCAAGCUGUGGGACAUGUUUGCAUCGAACACCGGCGAUCUGGUGUUUACGCAGCUGAGGCGGCUGUCCCUGGUGUUUCAUUGGCAGGUGAGGAUUCGGAUGAGGAUUCAGGAUGGCGGUGACGAGACCGAUGGUCCGGUACCGGUCCCACAGAAUUACAUGCAGGCAGCGAACCUGGGCAGGCCGCGGUUUCCGGUCCUGCAGGAGCUCGAGGUGCGCCGGUUCUCCGGCAAUCUGCCGCAUUUCCUGUCGCUGUUUCCCUGCGGCCAGCUACGCCGUCUGGUUCUGGGCGGACUGAAGAGCGAGCUGCCAGCCAGCUGGGACUUUUCGCCAUUCCGCUCGCUCCAACAGCUCAGUGUGCGCUACGUCGAUCCCAUCGACUCUGGCGACGAGUCAUACAUCGAAGAGUCUUUGCGCCGCCUCUUCCACACCAGCCCGCUGUCGCUGCAGAAGCUGACGGUGAGCUUGAUGUCGCACAUCUCGACCAUUCCGCUGCCCGUCUACGCGCCCCUGGAUACACUGCUGACAUCGCUGAGCAUAUCGGGAGACGUGCGCGUGGAGGAGGUCGUGCGCGUGCUUGAAAACCUUUCCAGUCUGCAGCGGCUGAUGAUCAGCGACACCAUAGUGGACCCGCUGGUGUCGAACGCCCAGCUGGUCGGCAAGUUCAAGGGCACCACAGAGGCCGACUUUGGCGGGGUCAGCACGUCGCUGCGCGUGCUGGAGGACGAGGCAGGAAUGACGCAGAGGAUGGUGGCGAAGUACAGGCAGCUGCUGUUCUGCCUGUUGCCGAGACUGCCGAAUGUCUAUCUGCUGCUGGUUGGCUUAGACUGUGUCAAAGCAGUCCGCAAAUCGAUUGAUACAACACUUGGCGCCAAGGUGGUUCCGGCGCCCAUUGACGACAGAUUCAGGAAGCUGAAGGUCCAGCCUUGGAAGCUGUAG